AUGGACGACAAAGUCAAAUAUCUCCUCUCACUCAGCGCCGUGCGAGAGCGUGCCAAGAUUGUGGGAGAGGCUGCCGAAGCAGGCAAGCUGAGCCACUUUGAUGUGCACGAGGAGCGUUUGGGCGAGGCUGCGGACUACGUGACUUCUGUUAUCAAGCGCGACUUUGGACCAGAUAAAUUCCACACCAUUCCCCCUCACGGUCGCUGGCAGCACUUUGAAGUAGGCGGUGUACCCCGCAUAGCCAACCUACUCGAUGAGUGGAAGAAGGAUGGAUGCGACGAUCUAGAACUUACUCGUCGGUUGAUUGAUCUCUUCUUCGUUUCUGUGCUGUUGGAUGCUGGUGCGGGGGACCACUGGCGGUACGUGGAGCCGGGUACGGAAACGGAGUAUGAGAGGAGCGAGGGGAUUGCAGUGGCGAGUUUGUACAUGUUCAAGGGUUUGGGAUUCGCUGCGAAAAAAGAUGGUGGGCCGAUUGUUGAUGGAAAGGGACUACGAGAUUUGAAGACAGAGGCACUAUCAGAAGGUCUCCAAAUCUCCGACAGCAACCCCAUGCUAGGCGUCGACUCCCGAGCCAACUUACUCCGCAGUCUGGGUAAAUCAUUGCUUUCUCAUCCCACCAUCUUCGGCGAACAAGGUCGUCCAGGAAACGUUGUUGAUUACAUGAAAACCACAACCACCGACCCUUCAACCCUAGACAUCCUAACCUUCUGGGACGUACUCCAAAACCUACUCAUCCCCAUAUGGCCGCAAGACCGCACCGUGGUAAACGGCCAAGCCCUCGGUGACGCAUGGCCCUUAUCCACCUUGAAAACACAAUCCAAAGAAGGCAACUCUGACGAAAGCACCUACAUCCAACCCUUCCACAAACUAACCCAAUGGCUCGCCUACUCUCUCACCGUCCCUUUCACCCGCAUCCUGUCCCUAGAAUGGAAAAAUAUGUCUUCCAUGACCGCCCUCCCUGAAUAUCGCAACGGCGGUUUGUUCGUCGAUCUCGGUGUUUUAACCCUGAAACCUGCGUCUUUGGACCGUGGUCUCAAGGCUACUUCUGACGGAAGCGGUCUCCCAUCUUUCCCCGCUGGAGACGACGCUAUUGUGGAGUGGCGGGCGAUGACGUUGGUGUUGGUGGAUAAGUUGUACAAGUUGGUCUUGCAGAGGAUGCAAGGGGUGGAGUUGAGUAUGGCGCAGUUGCUCGAGGCUGGGACGUGGAAGGCAGGGAGGGAGGUUGCGAAGGAGAAGAGGCCUAAGACGAAGAGUAGUCCGAUUGUCAUCUUGAGUGAUGGGACAGUUUUCUGA